CUGCGUGAGGUUGCUGCUCCUUACUAGCUGUGGACAAGCAUGGAGGGCGUUAAUGACUGAUUCGGCGUUAUUCGGCGAUUUAUUUGGGUGAAUGGGAGAAUUUGAAACAUGUGGCACGUUGGCGAUGAAGCUUGAUCCAUGAGCUCGAAGUGCUCCUUGGUACUGUUGACACUAUCUGGAGCCUGCAAUGUCGUCUCCAGGAGCAGGGUCCCACGCGUCUGAUGAAGAGCUCCCAGAGACUCAAGCUCUUACGGAGACUCAGGCGGCACGAUACGAUGAUAUCUUCGGAGGCAAAGAUGAUUCAGACUUGUCAGACUUAGACGAGGACGAGAAUGAGCCCGUUCGACAACCAGCCAGGAGAGCGUUCCCUCCUAGGGAGCCCGAGGCGAGAGCCGGAGGGUCUUCAUCGCCUAGACGAGCUGCUGAGAAGGACGCAGGUGAUGACGAUGAAGAUCAGGACGAUGAGGAUGAUGUCGACGAUGCGGAUGAGGGCGAUGCGUAUGUUCCUGGUACAGCGGCUCAACAGGCCAAGAUACCAAAAUUUAAAAAGAAGGCGAGGACAGGAGGGAACAGGGCUAGUGGUGGUGGUGACGAUGACGAAGAAGAGGAGGCAAGAGCUGGCUCAGGCGAUGAGCAUAUAGAGGAAGAGAGAAUAAGAAAGAAGAGACGGAAGGAAAAGAAGGAGAAACGGAGAGCGAGGACGGAGAGGGAGAUCAAUGAGGAAGAGGAUGUCGAAGAGUCAGGUCCGGUCUACGACGAAGCAACCCAACGAAGGAUGGCGCUCGAAGAGCGUAUUGACAAUAUCGGCAAAAAGGGUACGAAGGUUGUCCGGAGAAAGCGAAAAGGCGACGAUGAAGAUAUUGUCGACACAUACCACGACGACGUCUGUGCUCGUCUAUACGAACGCAUGAAACAAGCUGCGGAUCGAGAUGCCGCUUCCAACGCAGCCAAGCAGCCCGCCACGGCAAAAUUGGCGAUGCUCGACGAGGUCAUGGGUAUCCUGCGAAACGUCUCUCUAUGGCAAGCAAUUGUCGACAAUCGAGUGUUGGAAGGUGUCCGAGAAUGGCUUGAACCUAUCCACCCUUCUGGCGCUUUGCCAGCUGUAGGUAUUCAGAAAGCAAUCUUUGAGGUCUUGCCGAAGAUGGACCUAGAUACUGCCACGCUGAAAGAAUGUCAACUUGGUCCUAUCGUCCUCUUUUACUCCAAGACCAAACGGGUCUCGCCCGCUAUCAACCGACAGGCCGACAGUCUGGUCUCAGCAUGGUCUAGACCAUUAAUCAAACGUCCUGCGAAUUACCGAUCUCAGCAAAUGGACACGGGUAAUGCGGAUGGAAUUUUGACUCCUCGAGGAGAUGGACUUGCCGAUGAAAUGGACAUUGACGGGGACGAUCUGCCUGCGCCUGCUCCUCAGCCUGUCAAGAGAAAGAAGUUUGAUGCUCUGCAAGCUGUGCAAGAGAAUAGGGGACGGAAGGGGGCCCGAGUGCUUAUCAACCGAGAUAUUCAAUACACCGUCGCACCAGUGUCUCGUCAAACACACCAUGCAGAAGACAUCCAGCAUGUCUCUCGCAUCCAGAUGGACAACCAAAAAUUCAACAAGUUUGCGAGAAAGCUUCAGAAGCGGGCCAAAUGAGGGGGUUGGUCCUGGAACGGCAGAAGUUACUCUGUCUGCAUCAUUUUGUCCCCCAUUCCCCCGGCAUAUGUUGCCAUUAUUGUUGUAUCCAUAUCAUGCAUCGAUGGGGUUUCAAUGGUGAAAUGGAGGUGAGGGUAGCUGGUGCAUUUCCGAUGAAUGACGCGUAAUGGAACC